ACUAGAUAUGUGUCCACUACAAGCACAGAAUUAUAAAAGAUUUUCCGAAAGUUCCGAGCUUUUCCAGACCACAGUCUGUUCUUGAACAAAUUUAGUACAUCAAGAAGAACGUAAUGGAAUAAUUCUAUGUGGAGAGGGUUAACCACACUCCAACGCGGAACUAUAUACGAAAGUCGUAAUUAGUAUGGAUGACACAGGUUUAAUAGAAACCACAUAUCGGGACUUAACCUGGUCAUUCUGACAAGAGGAGGAUGGAUGAUUUUAGUGAGGAUGUCAGAAGACUGAACGAUCAAGCGGUGCAGACAGUAAUUCCCGCUAUUAUCUUUGUCGCCGUCCUCAUGGUCAUUGGAUUCAUUGGAAAUCCAGCUAUUAUCUACUUCUAUGGUUACAAAUUGAGACCAACUCCAUCCUACAUGUUUAUUGUGGCAUUAGCAGUAUUUGAUUUUAUUGCUUGUGUUGUCUCAAUGCCCAUGGAAAUUGUUGAUCUUGUUCGAUUCUACACUUUUGAAAAUGCCACGGCCUGCAAGAUUUUACGAUUUGUAAAUUAUUUCAUGGCUAUAUCCAGUGGGCUGAUUCUUCUUGCCAUUGCAGUGGAUCGUUAUCGAAAAAUUUGCAAGCCUUUUGGAUCCCAGUUAAGCUUCAAAAUGGCAAAAAUUAUAAUAUCAUGUGUUCUUUUUGCGUCUUUAUGUAUUUCUUGGCCCAGCCUUCUGUUUUAUACCGUCGUGCCAGUGAAUCUUACAGAAAUUGAAGGAGCAGUGGGGCAAGAUUGUACAUCGAGGCGAGACAGCUCUUACAAACUUUACAUAGCUAUAUACAAUGGAGUUUUAUUUCUGAUCUUUAUUAUUUGCAACACCUCUUUAAUCGCUCUGUAUUGCAAGGUUGGGAGAAAGAUUUUCAAGCUCCGAAGCUUUCACUGGAAAAGAACAAGGUCUACCGCACAACCCCAAAGUAGCAGCAUGCAACAUACGGAAGUAACAGAUGGACUUGGAUCUAACAAAAGUUCGAGUUUAGGAAAAAAUCCUGAUUUAGAUGACGAUACCUUGCCAAGCAGAAGUAAUGGUACAACUUUAAAAUUAAUGACCAAAAAGGUGCUGUCAUCACCAGAGGACACAAAAACCAUUUCGUCAAACUCUUUAAAUGGAGCAGGUAAUUCGUCAAAAGACAACUUAAAUGUUUCUGAAACCGUUGAUUACCCUUCAAAAUUGCAAAUACUUUUGGUUCCAUCUCGAUUCGAUCAAACCUCAACAAGUCGUAAAAAUGCAGCUGAUGAAUUGAUCCAAACGAACCAAUUGUUGGGACAAAAUCUACUUCAAUCUUCACCAGAGGAGGAUGAGUCUAAAAUUAAAUGUCAAAUUAAUGAAGCAAAAUGCAUCAAAAUUACACAGCAGUCAAAAAUGAAUACUCACAGUAAUAAGACAAAACAGUACACGAUUAUCAUGCUGUCAAUUACCGUUGCUUACGUCAUAAGCUUCUUGCCAUAUUUAUGCCUUGUGACGUGGAGAACAGUAGCAAAGGGUUAUGAACCGAACCUACUCUCAAAGUCGGAAUUAGUGGCAUUUCAAAUUUUUAUGCGAUCAUUUCUGAUAAAUAAUGCAGUUAAUCCAUUGAUAUACGGGUUUCUGAAUACUGAAUUUAGGAAUUUUAUAUUUGGAUGUUUUUGUUGCUGGGCUAGACGUAAAAAUAGAGAUCACGCAAGCCAUCGUCGUAAAAAUACUGGUAAUUAAAGCUUUAGCUAACCCGAGCUAAAUGCUCAAGUGGACUUGCUUGAUCAUAUUUUGUUUGUAAUCCGUCUAGCCGUCCGUCUGUAAACUUUUCACAUUUUCGACUUCUCCAGAACCACUGGACCAAUUUCAACCAAACUUGCCACAAGACAUUCUUAAACUGGGUGAAGGGGAUUCAAGUUUGAUCAAUUACAGGGCCACCCCCACAAUUUUGGGAAGAUAAUUAAGAAAUAGUGAACAUUUGGUGGAAUGUUAAAAAAAUCUUCUUCUCAAGAACUACUGGGCCAAAAAAGUUAAAACUUAUAAGAAAUAUUUUCUACCUAGUGUAGACUUAAGAUCAAAAUCAUGAUCGCCGGGAUCACAAUCAAAUUUUUACAUAGGAAUAUGUAUGAAAAAAUCUUUAAAAAUCGUUUCAAGAACAAAUAGGCCUAAGCCAUGUCUAGUCGAAUUGAUAGAUGAGAUUCCUCUGGUAGUGUAAAUUCAAGUGUGUUCAAAUAAUGUCCCUCUGGAGUAGAGUGUGGUCACAAUGGGGAAAUAAAAUUUUACAUAAGAAUAUAUUAAUUAUUCAUAUAUUUCCAAGUUUGUCCAUCACUGAUAUCAAAUUUAAGAGAUUUUAAGCUUUGAAAUGUCAAUGGAAAAGUUAUCGUUUUAGUUGUUUUCCUUUUUUAAGCUUUGAAAUGUAAAUGGAAAAGUGACCUUUUUGGAUGUUUUCCUUUUUUAAAGUAGAAAACAUUGAGUAAAUUAAAUCGAAUUCUUCUCAAUUUAUUUGAAUUUACAAAAUUUUAAAUAAUUCAGAUUAAAAGUUCACCCAUAUCUUUUGUUUAAAUUUCUUAACUGCAAUAAUAAUAUAGACAGAAACUUUUAAAAAGAGUUAAUAUUACAGCCAAGAAUCCGCGACGCCUUACACAAUAAUCACAUCUAUAAAGUCUUUGUUCCCUUCCUCAAAGACUAUUUCAAAACAUGAAAAAUUUCUUUGUUUUCUGUACUGUUCGUUAUCUUCAUAUGUUUCAUUUCUAUAAAAUCUUGGAUUCCUCGUCAUAAUUGAUAGACACUCGACAGAAGAUCCUGAUAAAGGUGACAAGUGCUUGUUCAGAAUGUAAAUGUUUCAUCUUUUUGCAUGAAAUACUAUUAGUCCAUUGAGUUGGUGAAAUGUAUUAACAUGCACAUUUAUAAAUGGAGUCUCCAUGCAUAUGACUUGAAUUUGUAAUGUUGUAAAUUAGUGAACUCUUAUGUUAUUCAUCUUCACGAUCAAUGCGCUAUGUCUCACUACAUCUAUUUAUUGUACGUGAUUGUCAGUAACGAUGCCAUGUAAAAUUAUGUGUUUUAUCAUAAUGUGGACAUUAAAUGACACCUUAAAAAACUAG